UUAUGAUAGAUUUAAUUGAUGAAUGUUGAACAUUAUUUUUUAGAUUGAGGAUUGGAAUAUGUCAUACAAAGUCUUAAUACUAAGACAGUUGUUUCCUUAUCUGAAUUACAAAUUAGACCUAAUUUAUGUGUAUGAAUAUCUUUACUGUUGAAAUAGAAGCAAACACUCAUACACAUACUUAUACACACUACACAGAUUUCUUGGGUGUCACCAUUUGAUUUUUUGGGAUGGAAAUGUUUCAGGCGAGUGUUGGCCACCAGGAUGACAUGCUGUACAGUGACCUGGAAGCCCUGAGUAACACCAUGCAGGUCUUGUAUAGUCAACUCUGCCAGACUCGCCUGUGGACAAUAUUCUAUCACUUGGAAAUGAGGAUUAUGCCAAUACUUGCUGCUAAAAAUCCAGGAGGUUGAAAAACGAUGCCACCAAGUUUCUGGGUCGAUCUUUAAUGUGAACUCCCAUGCCCAGCUACGGACUGUUCUGUUCCAAGAUUUGAAACUGGAUGUCAGAAGUCAUGUUACUGUCCCUCGUACCGCUGGGGGACAAAAGAGCACUUGUGAAACUGCUUUAAGACGUAUAGUAGACUGCCACCCCUUGCCAGGUCUUGUGUUGCACCAUCGUCUUCUCAACAAACUUAAAACAACAUACGUCGAUGGCAUCAUGACUUGCUUGAAGGGAUCAUACAUUAAAGCUGCUUGGGAACAGACUUCAGCCUCAACUGGUCGAAUUCAGUGCCGCAACCCUAACCUCCAGUCCAUCCCCAAACAUCCAGUCAUAGUUACGGUGGAUGACACGGAAACAGUUGUACUGGCCCGAGAGUGCUUCUGCAGCAGAGAUGGAUAUAUCCUCUUGGCUGCAGACUUUCAACAAACAGAGUUACGAAUGUUAGCUCACAUGUCCCAGGAUUCUGUCUUACAAGCUGGAUUUAAACAGUCAAAAAAAUGUACUGUAGACAUAUUUAAACAACUAUCUGCUAUGUGGCUGGACAAAGAUGUGAGCGAGGUAACUACAAGUGAGCGUGAACGAACAAAACGUGUUGUGUAUUCUGUGGUUUAUGGAGCCGGCCGAGAAAAGUUAGGAGAGGUGCUCGACAUAAGUCCCCUGGACGCUAAAGAUAUAAUAACAUCCUUCAUGAAACGGUUUCCUGGUAUCCCUGCCUACAUGAGGUCUGUAGUUAAUCUUUGUAAGUCCCAAGGUUUUCUGACGACAAUAUUCAACCGUCGACGUUUCUUUCCUGGCAUUAAGUCGCAAGACUCAGUCAUUCAGGCUCAGGCGGAGAGACAAGCUAUCAACUUUGUUAUUCAAGGUUCAGCGGCAGACAUCAGUAAAGCAGCCAUGGUACAGACAGAAGUUGCUCUUGCCUCUCGCCCUGACCUUGAUGCCAAGCUGCUGAUACACAUACAUGAUGAGAUGGUGUGGGAAGUGUGUAGCAAAGACCUUGACACUGUUAUUGACAUAGUUGAGCCUAUAAUGGAAAACACUCAGCAGCUGUGUGGGCCAUUCGUUCACCUGACUGUUCCACUGCCUGUUGCUAUAUGCACUGGAACUAACUGGGCACACAUGCAUCCCUGGACAAAGGAAUAAGCCAUUUCUUAUUUUGAAUGUGUUUAGUUAAUUCUUGUGAUUAGAAUCAAUGAUUUUUGUAAGGAUUUAUUUGCGGAGUUUUUUUAAUAUUGUCAAUGAGAAUUAUUCCCCUUAAAAUUUUUACAUAGUGUUGUAAGGGCGUGUGUUUUCCAACACCUACACCACCCUUAUCUAACUUACUUCUCUUGUUCAUAGUUCUUACUCUGUUCUGUCACAUAUUCUUUUGGUAGCAUGGACAGUGUGGUAGUGUAUGUGUCGUAAAUUGUAAACUUGACAUCAUCUCCCCUUCCUCGCCCCUUAUAAUACAGUAUUGAGAAGUGAAUGAACGUCUCCUGUUGUAUUGAUCUGGGUAUAGUCUGUGAGUAUUGAACACUGUGGAUCAUGAAAAUUUAACCAGGUACUUUACUGUAUUGACUUAAUAAAAAAAUUUCAAAGUAACUGAUGGGAGAACUUAUGGGAAAAUUGUGACUUUAGUGUUGUCGUUUCAUUACAUUCUCAGACUACAGUAUCUCCUAUUAAUCCCUCGUAUAUUGUAUCACCUCUGAGCUGAAUAAAAUCAUCUGGCAUUGGCAACUAAAAUAUUAUGGCAUCUCUGUAGUGAAGGGGUUAAAAAACAGUAAUGAAGCAGUUAUGUUUGAAAAAGGAGAUGAAUCAACUCAUUUUUAUAUUGUAAAUUGUUCCCUUCCCUUUCACUCAUUCCUCUAUAAGCAUCUAUUACUGUAUACUGUCAUUGUAUGAAAUAACUUAGAAAAGACACAAACUGCUGAACUUA